CGGGGCCGGGCCGGCCGGGUUAGGAGGCAGGAAAUGGCGGCGGUGCUGCAGCAGCAGCUGCCGGGCCCUCCCGCUCCGCAGUGCCGGGCCCAGGCCGCCUAGAGCCGCCGCGACAGCGCCGGGCCCGGGCCGCAGCCACGCCGGGCCGGACUCCGAGCACUUUACAUACAUGAGAGAAUUGGAAGCUAAAGCUACCAAAGAAGUCGAAAGAAAACUAAGCAGGGAUUUAGUGCAAGAAGAGGAAGAACAGUUGAUGGAAGAAAGGAAAAAGAGAAAAGAAGACAAGAAGAAGAAGGAAGCUGCUCAAAAAAAGGCCAUUGAACAAAAAAUCAAAGUGCCAGAACAAACAAAGACAAGUGUAAGCCAGCCUCAGCCUGUCACCUCUAACGGCACUUCCACAGUAACCAGCACUAAUAAUAAUGCCAAGCGGGCCACAGCCAACAAUCAGCAGCAGCAGACCUUGCCUCGAUACCCUCCUCGUGAAGUACCACCGCGAUUUCGACACCAGGAACAGAAACAGCUUCUGAAACGAGGUCAGCAGUUACCAGUUAUAGCUGCAAACCUGGGAUCUACUCCUAAAGUAUUAAACGGCCAGUCAGGAAGCAGCACUGUCACAAAUAAACAGCCAGUGAUCAACGGAGAAGUGCCGAACAGCAGCAAAAAACAGCCAGGCAUGCCUCCCAUUCGGGACUUGGUGAGCCACUCCCCUAACCAGUCAGAUCUGAACCACAGUGGUCUAGGAUCCCAUUAUGAAAAUUCUCACUGGGGACCAGUCUCUUCAAACAGUGACUCCAGCACAAACUGGGAUAAAGUUAUUGUAGACGGCUCUGACAAAGAAGCAUGGCCAUCAAUCACUGGCAGUGACCCAGAGUUGACAUCAGAAUGUAUGGACACUGACUCUGCCUCUAGCUCUGGGUCAGAGAGAAACCUCGUUAUAAUGGCUUCAGGGAGCACAAGUGGUGAAAAUGAUGGCAUUCGAAAUGGCAUUGGACAUGGUUCUCAAAAUAAGUUUGUGGUUGGUAGCAACAGCAAUAAUGUGGGCAAUGGAAGUAUUAAUGGACCAUGGGGUUUAUCCCAUGGGACCAUAAUAAGCACAUGUCAAGUUUCUGUGGAUGCUCCUGACAGCAAAUCUGAAAGUAGCAACAAUAGAAUGAAUGCUUGGGGCACCAUAAACUCUUCAUCAAAUGGAGGGUUAAAUCCAAGCACUUUGAAUUCAAAUGGCAACCAUGGUGCCUGGCCUGUAUUGGAGAACAAUGGACAUGCCCUGAAAGGGUCUGUAGGGAGUGGUAAUUCUGGCACAAAUAUUCAGUGCAGUACCAUAGGUCAGAUAUCUAACAGUCAGAGUAUUAACUCUAAAGUGGGUGGUUCAGCCCAUGGUUCCUGGGGAAGCCUUCAGGAAAAUUGUGAUUCUGAAGUAAAUGGUACAAGGAAGGUUUCAUUCAGUGGGCAACCUCAAAACCUUAACACUGAAAUGAAUGGACCAAAUAACACUACUAACUUUAUGACCUCUAGUUUACCAAACUCUGCUGGUUCAGUGCAGAUUAACGAACUGCCUAAUAAUACAGGGCAUGGGGCCUGGCGUGUGAGCACAAUGAAUCAUUCUCAGAUUCAGGCCUCUCCAGUUACAAAUGGCACUUCCAUUUCUCACCUUAGCAAUGGUGAGGCGAAAAAUGGUGGAUCUUAUGGUACUACAUGGGGUGCCUAUGGUUCUAAUUACUCUGGAGACAAAUGUUCAGGCCCGAACAGCCAAGCUAAUGGUGACACUGUGAAUGCAACUCUAAUGCAGUCGGGCAUUAGUGGGCCUGGCAGCACUAACUUUCAAAUCAAUGGGAAUAAAGGAGGAGGGGUGUGGGAAGCAGGGACAGUCAACUCCCAGAAUAUGCCAUGGGGAAGUGGAAAUGGUGCAAGUGCUGGCGGAAGUAGAAGAGGAUGGGGCAACCCUGCACAAAACACUGGCACUAACAUUUCAAAUGGUGAAUGGAGUAAACUGCCUAGUAAUCAGCAUUCCAAUGAAAGUGUAAAUGGAAAUACCAGGAAGUUUACAAAUGGAUGGAAAUCUACUGAAGAGGAUGACCUUAACAGCCAGAGUUCUGCUGUGUCUCAGAUAACUGAGCAGAACAGCUCAUGGGCCAAAACAGGUACGGGGGACAGUGAAGGUAGUACAGAGAGCACUGGAUGCCAUGAAGACAGAGUUACUACAGAAGGACAGAAUCGAGAGAGAAGAAAAGUUGACCAGCAUGCAUUACUCCAAAGUAUAGUGAACAGAACUGACUUAGAUCCGCGUGUCCUUUCCAACUCUGGUUGGGGACAGACUCCAAUCAAACAGAACACUGCCUGGGAUACCGAAACAUCACCAAGAGGUGAAAGAAAAACUGACAAUGGGACAGAGGCCUGGGGAGGCUCUGUGACACAGACUUCCAGCUCAGGGGGGUGUGUGGAUAGACCUAGCCCUAAUAAUAAUGAUACCUCAUCUGUAUCAGGGUGGGGAGAUCCAAAGUCU